UCUACAUGAUAAUAUUCAGAGAAGUGUCACAAUGUCAACUCCAAUAAAAGAUCUGCUGAAAAGUUAUAAUCUAAUUGUUAAUUCUAAUCACCUGUCAUUGUAGGGGAGCUAGAUUCAAUAACAAUGUAUGUUUACAACGCUUCAAUUUUUAUCAUACAUUGCCAAUGCCAGCCAUUAACAAUCUCAAUCUCAGUUUCGCUGCAUUAUCUAAGAAAGCUCUGAUAGAGCGCCAGCAAAUCCAUUCCCAUAUCACUCACAGAGGAUUUGCGUUUCCUGCAGAAACCAUUUUUAAAAAUAAGCUUAUCAACAUGUAUGUGAAAUGCUGUAGUUUGCUUGAUGCUCGACAAGUGUUUGAUCAAAUGACUGAACGAGACAUCUUCUCAUGGAAUAUCAUAAUUGGAGCGUACAGAAGACAUGGGUACCCACAUGAGGCAUUGACACUAUUUCACCGAAUGCAACAAGCAGGUAUCCAGCCCGAUGACUUCACCAUUUCCAGCAUUCUCCCAGCCUGUGCUAAGAUAAGAGCUUUGAAACAGGGUAUGGGUAUCCAUCAAAGCAUAAUGGAAAGAGGAAUUUCGUCAGAUGUUGUUGAAAAUGCCCUGGUAGACAUGUAUGCAAAAUGUGGAAAUAUUUAUGCGGCACGCAAGCUGUUUGAUAAAAUGCCUCAAAAGAAUGUGAUCUCAUGGACUGCAAUGGUUGUAGCAUAUACACAAAACGGUUAUUCGCUAAGUGGAUUUGUUGGAAAGGCCUUGGAAACUUUUAAACAAAUGCAAUUCGCAGGUGUAAAGCCAGUCUCUGCAACUUUUGCUAGUAUCCUCCCAGGCUGUGCCAAGAUGGGAGCUUUAGAACAAGGUAUUUACAUCCACCAGAGCAUAAUCGAAAGCGGAUUUUCGUCAGAUGUUGUAGCCAUAAGUGCACUUGUAGAUAUGUAUGCAAAAUGUGGAACUAUACACAAAGCCCGUGAACUGUUUGACAAAAUGCCUCAAAGAGACGUGGUCUCCUGGAAUGCAAUGAUUGCAGGAUAUGCUAAAAAUGGAGAUCUUGACGAGGCACUAAAGCUUUUUAAAGAAAUGCCUCAAAGAGAUGUUGCCUCAUGGAAUGCAAUGAUUGCAGGAUAUGCACAGAAUGGGUUUCUUCAAAAGGCUUUGACGACUCUAAAGCAAAUGCAAUUGACAGAUGUAAAGCCAGACUCUUCAACCUUUAUCAGCAUCCUCCCAGCCUGUGCCAAAAUGGGAGCAUUGAAAGAGGGUAUGGAAAUCCAUCAAAGCAUAAUAGAAAACGGCUUUUUAUCAGAUGUAUUAGUUGCAAGUGCUUUGAUAGACAUGUAUGCAAAAUGUGGAAACGUGCACACAGCACGCGAUCUGUUCGAUAUGAUGCCACAGAGAAAUGUGGUCUCAUGGAAUUCAAUGAUUGGGGGAUAUGCGCAAAAUGGGUUUUUUGAGAAGGCCUUGGAAGCUUUUAAGCAAAUGCAGUUGGCAGGCAAAAAACCAGAUUACAUAACCUUUGCUAGCAUUCUCCCAGCCUGUGCCGAAAUAGGGGUUCUGGAACAUGGCAUGGACAUCCAUCAAAACAUAAUUGAAAGCAAAUUGUUGUCAGAUGUUGUAGUUGCAAGUGCUCUGGUAGAUAUGUAUGCAAAAUGUGGAAGCAUACACAUGGCACGUGAAGUGUUUGACCAAAUGUCUCAGAAAAAUGUCAUCUCAUGGAAUGCUAUGAUUGUCGGAUAUGCACAAAAUGGCUUUUGCAAGGAUGCUCUUCAACUCUUUGAACUAAUGAAGCACUCUGGAACACACCCUGACGAUGUAAGCUUCGCCUGUGUUUUACUAGCUUGCAGUCAUGCAGGUUUAGUAGACGAGGGUUGUAAGAUAUUUAAUGGCAUGAGUGACACAUAUUACAUUAUGCCUACAAUUAAUCAUUAUGUGUCCAUGGUUGACCUUCUUGGCCGUGCUGGCUAUCUUGAAGAAACACUGAACUUUAUCUUCAAAAUGCCAAUUAAACCUGUCGUGGUUGUGUGGACGUGUUUGCUUGGUGCCUGUAGAGAACAUAAGAAUAUAGGGUUAGGUGUAUUCGUAGCAACUUUUCUCUUUGAGCUGGAUCCUAAAAAUUCUGCGACUUAUGUUCUUCUUUCAAACAUCUAUGCGGAAGGGGGUAGGUGGGUUGAGGUUCAAAUGGUAAGGGGACUGAUGAAAGAUCGAGUAAUUAAAAAGAUACCUGGCUGUAGUUGGAUUGAAGGUCAAAACUUGGUACAUGCUUUUUGGGUAGGAGACACAACACACCCACAAAUAUAGGGUAUCAAUGCAAAGUUGGAGAAAUUGUCUUUGGAGAAGAAGAUAGCAGGGGCAUUUUCCAGAUUCAGGACAUGCAGUGAAUGAUGUGGGGGGAAAACUUGAAAUAAUUAUUCCUUUGCCACCAAAGACUCGAGAAGCUGGCAAUUGCAUUUGAAUUAUAUAACAGACCCCUUGGACCAACUGAUAAAGCCAUCAAGAACCUUAAGCCAUCUGUUGACUGCCACAAUGCAGCCAAGUUUAUCUCCAAGACUGAUAGAUGAUUGGUGAUACUAAAUGAAGCGAUCUGUGAACAUAGGCUUACACUGUGAUCAGUGCUAUAGUGUUUCUUUAUUAUGUUUGGAGAUCUAGUCCAUCCUGAUGACUUCAUAAAAUCAGAUAAAUUUAUACCAUGUACAUCGCUGCCCAUAUACACUGAUUCGGUAUUUGUUAAAGCCCUACUCUAUGAUGCGUGGAGGUGUCAUGACAUUGAACUACCCAUAUACAACUGAUUUAAUAUUUGUUAAAGCCCUAAUUUAUGUUGCCAUGGAGGUGUCAUGACAUUGAACUGUUUUCAGGGAACGUACGGAUUUCUGUAAUGAAAGAUAAAUAAUAUGUGGAAGAUGGGAAAAAGCAAAAGGAGAGGAAUGCUUGAAGAAAAUGGAAAGAUGCAUGGCCAACUGGAAAUGCAAAAUAAAUGGCUUACCAUCUAUCCAAUUUUUGAUGAUGAUGGAGCAUCUCUUCAUAGUUUCUUUUGUAUUAUCUUGCGUCUUGAUCAGGUCUGUCGUUUGAGAUUGAAUUACCCAUGCCAAACUAUAUAUGCAAAAUUAUAUACUCAUCUUGUAUUUAUCUUGUGCCUUGAUCAGGUCUGUCAUCUCGACUUUUUAUCUUAUACUCUAUUUCUAAUGUUUCUUCGCAGUUGUUUGUC